AUGACAUCCAAAUCAAUGCAACUGGGCAACGAACCCGAAGUUAGCGCUGUGCGGAUGUUUUUCCAUUCACAGUUCUUCACCAAGAUACGCCAUGCUCCAGCCGGAACCGACCUUUCAGGACAAGUAGCCAUCAUCACCGGCGGCAACACUGGACUUGGUCUCCAAGCCGGGAUUCACAUGCUAUCCCUGAAGCUCUCACACCUGAUCCUUGCAGUGCGAACCGUAUCCAAGGGCGAGAAAGCAGCAUCCAAACUGCGCAAGGAUUACCCGUCGGCAAAAGUCCACGUCUGGCACUUGGAGAUGUCAUCGUAUGAAUCCAUCCAAGCAUUUGUACGGAAAGUCGACACCGAACUACCUCGUCUAGACAUGGUGAUUCUCAACGCUGGUGUCUCAAGACCGGAUUUCGCACUCUGUCCAACCACAGGUCACGAAGAAACAAUCCAAGUUAAUUACCUGUCGACGUUUCUCCUCGCCAUCCUCCUCUUGCCACACCUCAAGGACAAAUCUCCUGCUGGAAACCCCGGUCGUCUCACGAUCGUCAGCUCCGGAACGGCAUUAUGGGCGAAAUUGCCCAAUAUAAACACGCGUCCGUUCCUAGCGUCGUUCGACAACCCCAAGAUCGUUCCCUGGGCGACUCCGGCUCGAUAUUUCAUCUCUAAAUUGCUGGGUCAGUUGUUGUUCGUGCGUAUGCUCGAAUAUCUCGAUGCAGAUCAAGUUAUCGUCAACCUCGUCGAGCCUGGUAUGGUCAAAGGCACGGAGUUGCAUCGCGGCAAUAAAGGUAUUGUGAGGGUAUUGUUGAAUGCUCAUGUCAAUCUGAGUGGGAGGUCGCUCGAGGAUGGUGCUUGGGCGUAUAUUGACGCAGUUGCGGUUCAGGGAAAGGAGUCUCAUGGCUGUUUCAUCAUGGAUUUCGAGCCUCAUGCCUUCGCCAGAUUGGCAUACCGACCAGAAGGUCAAACAUUGAUGACAACGCUUUGGGAAGAGACGAUGAGCGAAUUCGACUUUGCAGGUGCACGCGACAUCUUAGAAUCCUUGAAGAAGAAUCGCCAGCCCACUGGCGUUUAG